UUGAGAAAGAAUUUGAUUUGAUAAAAAAACACAAACACAUCAGAGAAAGAUGAUUUGGUGGAAGAAGUGAUGAGAAUAAUGGAUGAAAGGAGGCGUGGUGGUUGGUGUGGUCGGCGCAUAGUAGCUACCAAAAGAGGUUCUACUAACAAUGCCGCCACCAAAACCAACACCAAUAGCAUCAUCAAGAAGCUUCAAUCUCGCGAGAUUUCUCCUAAACCUCAUCGUUCUUUCGCCUCUUCUACUUCUCCACACAGAUUCCAAAACAUGCGUUUGACUCAUCAAUACGAUACUCAUGAUCCUAAACACCCUUCUUCUUCUUCUCCUUCACCCCUUUUGCCCUUUUUGUUGAAAAGGACUAAGCUUGUUGAGAUCGUUGCUGCUAAAAACCUUGUCUUUGCUCUUACUCAUUCUGGUCUUUGUGCUGCUUUUAGUAGAGAAACAAAUGAGAGGGUUUGCUAUCUGAAUGUCAGCCCCGACGAAGUCAUCCGCAGCCUCUUCUAUAAUAAGAACAAUGACUCACUUAUUACGGUGUCUGUUUAUGCUUCUGAGAAUUUCAGCUCUUUGAAAUGCAGAUCUACUAGGAUUGAAUACAUAAGGAGGGCCAAGCCAGAUGCCGGUUUUCCCCUUUUCCUUGCUGAAUCUCUAAAAUGGCCUGGAUUUGUUGAAUUUGAUGAUGUUAAUGCAAAGGUCCUAACUUACUCCGCACAAGAUAGUGUAUACAAGAUCUUUGAUCUUAAAAACUACACCUUGCUAUACUCGAUUUCAGAUAGGAAUGUUCAAGAAAUCAAAAUCAGUCCUGGCAUCAUGCUACUAAUCUUCAGUAGAGCAAGUAGUCAUAUUCCACUCAAGAUUAUAUCUAUUGAGGAUGGCACAGUUCUCAAAUCAUUCAAUCAUCUACUUCAUCGGAAUAAGAAGGUGGACUUCAUUGAGCAGUUCAAUGAAAAGCUUCUAGUCAAGCAGGAAAAUGAGAACCUUCAAAUUCUUGAUGUUCGAAGUUUUGAGAUGAUGGAAGUAAGUAGGUCUGAGUUCAUGACUCCAUCGGCGUUUAUCUUUCUGUACGAGAACCAAUUAUUCCUUACAUUCAGAAAUCGAACAAUUUCAGUUUGGAACUUUCGUGGGGAACUUGUUACGUCAUUCGAGGAUCACGUGUUAUGGCAUCCAGACUGUAACACAAACAACAUAUACAUAACAAGUGAUCAGGACCUGAUUAUCUCUUACUGCAAGGCUGAACCUGAAGAUCAAUGGAUGGAAGGCAAUGCCGGUUCCAUCAACAUCAGCAACAUCUUGACCGGAAAAAGUGUGGCAAAAAUCAAUGCUGCAAAUUGUAGCAAAAAGGUGGAUGAAGAGUGCAGUAAUAGUUUCAGUGGCAAGCACACUCGUUCGUCGCUAAUAACGAACUCAGUUGCAGAGGUGUUGGAGGAUAUAACUGCACUGUAUUAUGAUGAAGAGCGGAAUGAGAUCUAUACCGGUAACAGACAUGGUUUUCUUCAUGUAUGGUCCAACUAAUGAGAAGAAAAAAAGGGUUUUUUUGCUUUAACAUUGUAGGCAUUAUUUUUCAUGAGAUUAUUAUCCAGUUAUAGAGUGAACUUGUUCAGGGAAAACUUUUAUGGAUGAUUUUCUUUUACUCUUUUAGGUGUUUAGAGGUUUGGCCUUGUAGAUAGUUUUUUGUAUAGUGCAGACACUGCAUAGUAUUUUGGGUCAGAUGAGACAUAUUGUAUUAUUACUUACUUUAUCUUGGAUUCUGAGGGGACUAUGUGGAAUAUGGUGGCAGAAAGGGAAAUUACAUGAGUUAUUAUCCUUCAUCUGUAUCAUUGCUAUUACUCUCACUAUAAAUCUGAUUUUCAUUUUUAA